AUGGAUGAAAAUGAAAGGAAGGCUCAUGAGUAUCUAGCUAGCGCUGCUAAGCAUCCAAAGGGAGGGUUCUUCCGUUCAAUAUUCUCGGGUGGUUCUGAUGGAACGGAGGAGCGCAUUGCCCUCUAUGAGCGUGCUGCAAACUGUUUUAAAAUGGCCCACAAGUGGCAGGAGGCAGGAGAUGCCUUUGUGCAAGCCGCCGAGCUAAGCUCCAGUAAUAAAUCUCAGUUGGAUGCCGCUACUCAUUACGUAAACGCCUCGGUGGCCUACCGUAAAUCCGUUCCCGACCGCGCCAUCACUUGUCUCACUCGAGCUGCGGACAUAUACAUCGAAAUGGGUCGUUUUACAAUUGCUGCCAAGCACCACAUGACUAUUGGCGAUAUCUACGAGCAGGAGUUAGCCAAUGAGGCUGAGGCCUGCAAGCAUUAUGAACGGGCUGCUGAUUUCUACAAAGGUGAGGAUUCUACUAGUUCAGCAAGGAAGUGCAUGCUCAAGGUAGCGCACUACUAUGCCACAUCUGGACAGUUUGAAAAGGCUGCGCGAAUCUUUGAAGAGGCUGGUGUCUCUUCAAUGGAAAGCAAAUUAUUGCGCUACGGGGCCAAAGAGUACCUUAUGAAAGCUGUAAUUUGCGAUAUGAACUACGAUAUCGUGAAAGGCCACAACACUCUUGAAAAAUUCGAACAAGAUUAUCCUAUGUUUUCUGACUCACGCGAAUGCACUCUUCUUAAGGCAAGUUCAAAAGUUGAUGAAGCUUUGAGCUCCGAGAAUCUCGAGACCUUUACAGCUGCUGUGAAGGAAUACGAUAGCGUUACAAGACUGGAGCCUUGGAUGACUGAAAUGUUACUAAAAUUGAAGAAGAUCCUUAACAAUGAGGAGGACAUUACGUAG